AUGAAUUCGACAGAGUACCCAGAGCCCAAGGCCCCGUUUCCCGGCAGCGAGAUCUCUUCCGACACCGAGCACACAGUCGUUCCCGCGGAGCCGCCCUCAUCUUCACAACCACUGGCAGGACCUCAUAGCCAUGGGAACUUCCCAGAGGGCGGCGCGCAGGCCUGGCUGACGGUCAGCGGCGCGUCGGCGUGCCUGUUUGUCUCAUUUGGAUGGGUCAACUGCGCCGGCAUCUUCCAGCAGCACUACCAGGCCAACCAGCUGAGCGCCUAUACGCCCUCUGAGGUUGCUUGGAUUCCUGCUUUGCAAGUCUUCUUCAUGCUGUUUGCCGGGUGUAUGGUGGGCAAGAUCUUCGACGACUAUGGCCCUUCCGUGCUGCUUGCUGCCGGCACCUUUCUGCACGUCUUUGGGCUCAUGAUGACGAGCUUGUCGACCGAAUACUACCAGAUCCUGCUCAGCCAGGCGAUAUGCUCUGCUCUUGGGGCCUCGAUGGUGUUUUUCCCGGCCUUUAACUGUGCUUCGACGUGGUUCUUGAAGAAGCGUGGCGCAGCCAUGGGCUUGGUGGCCAUGGGCUCGUCCAUUGGCGGCAUCAUUUUCCCCGUCAUGCUCAUCCACCUCAUCCCCCGCGUUGGCUUCGCAUGGGCCAUCCGGACCUGCGCCUUUCUCAUUCUGGCCCUUCUCAUCUGGGCCAACCUUACCGUCCGCUCACGCAUCCCGCCAUCAAAGCGGCCCUUCAGGAUUAAGGCAUUCAUCUCCCCGCUGAGAGAGGUGCCGUUUGUUUUGCUCACCGCGGCUGUGUUCAUCUUCUACUGGGGCAUGUUUGUCCCGUUCACCUACAUUGUCGUCGAGGCGCGUGCGCGCGGCAUGUCCCCAGACCUGGCCAACUACCUUGUGGUCAUCCUGAACGCCGCAAGUAUCGUGGGCCGCACCGUUCCCAACGCCCUCGCCGACAGAUUCGGCCACUUCAACAUGAUGAUUGCCAUGGCGACUCUUGUGAGUGUGCUCGUUCUGGCCGUCUGGAUCCCCGCCAGCGGCGACGCCGCCGCCAUUGCCUUCUCGGUCCUUUUCGGCAUCGCCUCAGGCGCGGGGAUUGGCCUUAUUCCUGUUCUCAUUGCGCAGGUUUCCCCCAUCCAGGAGAUCGGCACGCGCACGGGUACGUACUUCGCCAUCGCCUCGUUGGCUGCCCUCAGCGGAUCUCCCAUUGGCGGCGCCAUUCUCGGGUCAGCUUCUGGCGCAAGCGGGUUCCGCAACACCAAGAUCUUUUCUGGCGUGACGUGUGCUGUGGGCGCGCUGCUGUUUGUUGCUACCAACGUCGCUUUAGGGGGGUGGAAAAGGGCGAAGUCGGCGAAGUCGUGA